AUGUCUCGAAUUCUUUCGGGAAUUAUACCAGACGAGGCAGUCUUCACAGACUUCAGAAGACAAGCCUUGUCAACGGACAACUGGUACAGUAAAUAUGACAAGAACGGAAUGGAGGUCUGGGUCGAGGUGGCCCCUGUAACAUCCCCUCAAGGAAACAAAAACGUCCCUAAAGUUCACAAGAUAAAGGUAAGGACACUUUGGCUUGACUCAUCUGUCGAUUUGAUACACAGUAGUGUAGCCUAAUGUGUUAGCACUGUAACAGUAUAAAGUUAUAGCCAUGGAUCAGUUGAGUUGUUUGACCAAAAUAUGUUAUAUUUUCAGUCAACUAUAUUGACAAAAUAGGGGCAUAUCCUGUAUUCCAUUAUGAAUCCCAUAGUCUGAAUAGAGCAAUAGCCAUUGCAUUAAAGGACUAACUUUUACCCUUUUCUCUCUUUUGCCUGACUUUUUCCAAUGUAUCUCUGUCAGGGCUCUCCAACCCUGUUCCUGGAGAGCUGCCAUCUUGUAGGUUUUUGCUCCAACCCUAAUCUAGCGCACCUGAUUCUAAUAAUUAGCAGGUUGAUGAGCUGAAUCAGGUUAGUUACAACUGGGGUUGGAGCAAAAACCUACAGGUGGGUAGCGCUCCAGGAACAGGGUUGAAGAGCCUUUCAAUGUCCUUGGAGACAGCGUAACACAGGUUUUCUGUUACACAUUUCCACCAUAAUCAUUUUGUUUUUGUGUGACAGCAUUGUUACAAGAACACCUAGGGGGUUUCCAGUUUUCAAUGACCAUUGGUUUAUCUGGUGUCAUAUUUUAUUGUAGUUAAUACUCAACAGUUAAGACCCGAUCUUGAGAUGGAAUUCAUUUAUUGUAUUACUUCAAUAAUCAAUUUACUUCAAGGCUCUCUUUUUGAUUUUUUUAUUUCAGUGCAGAAUGACCAUAAAAGAUGUGUCGGCCGCCACCAUGUAUGACGUCCUUCAUGAUGGACUGUAUCGCAAGAAGUGGGACCCCACCAUGUUGGAGAGCUUUGACAUUGCCCGUCUCUCCCCUAACACCGAUUUGGGCUAUUACUCAUGUGCGUCCCUCUUAUCUGCUUGAGUUAAAAGUGCUGUUCCACAUUCCUCUGUUAUUGUCUCAAACCUCUCAGUGCAAGAACCUGACUGGUCAAAUUUACUAAGCGUUUGACUUUGAACCACAGGUUCAAACAUGACAUGACCACAGGUGAAAAUGUGCAGUAAAUCUGGUGUAAAGUAUUUAAUUUACAUUCCUUCCACUUUCCCCUUGCUCUAAGGAACCCCUUUCUCCAUGUUGACCCUCCACUGAGUCUCUCAGUUUCCAUUUCAUCCUCUCUCACUGACUUACAUACAUUACACUAUAUUGCAAUGGUUCCAUCAGCAGUUGUAGUCUACUUCUCAUCCUGCCCUCAGGAGUUCAGAUAAGGCAUGAGGGAGCUGGUUUUCAGAGUGUAUUUGUAGUCAACACGAGAGUGCAGUUGCUGCCACUGUUGGUCCUCGGAAUCUUUGGUUACCAUGACAGGAGGGUGGGGCAAGGAAGGGGUGGUGUUUGUAGGAAAGCUCUCAAGUUGUUUUUAAUUUGUUGUUGUCCCUUUUGGUUUUCAGGGCUGUGUCCGAAGCCACUGAAGAACAGAGAUGUGGUGACUCUGCGUUCGUGGCAGGUGACGGACAACGAGUAUGUGAUCGUUAACUACUCAGUCAAACACCCGGUACGUACGCCUUGCACCUCCACCUCCUCUGUCUGUAGACUCUCUGGCUCUUAGCAACCAUCCAGUACAUACAGCAAUCUGUCUCUGCUCUACCAUUCGUAUAGUUCAAUGUCAGCUAUUGUCCUCAUACAGUGCCUUACAAAAGUAUUCAGAUCCCUUGGAUUUCUUCACAUUUUAUUGUUACAAAGUGGGAUUCAAAUGGAUUUAAUUGUCAUUUUUUUGUCAACAAUAUACAUUAAAUACUCUGUCAAAGUGGAAGAAACAUUUGACUUAAAAAAAAGACUAAUAAAAAAUAAAAUAAAGAAUAUAGUCCUUGCAUAAGUAUUCAGCCCCUUUGUUUAGGCACGCCUAAAUUAGUUCAGGAGUAAAAUGUAGCUUAACAAUCACAUAAAAAGUUAUAUGUACUCACUCUGUGAAAUAAUAGGGGUUGACUUGAUUUUUAAAUGAUUAAGCCUUCCUCUGUCCCCCAUACAUACAUCUGUAAGGUCCCUCAGUCAAGUAUUGAAUUUAAAGCACAGAUUCAACUACAAAGACCAGGGAGCUUUUCAAAAGCCUCAUUAAGAAGGGCAGUGAUUGGUAGGUUGGUAACAAUAACAAAUCAGACAUUGAAUAUCUCUUAAAGCAUGGUCAUGUUACAAAUUAUGCUGUGCAUUAUGUAUUAAACCACCCAGACACAACAAAGAUACAGUCGUCCUUCUGAACUGAGCUGCAGGACAGGAAUGAAACUGCUCAGGGAUGUUACCAUGGGGCCAUUGGUGAUUUUAAAACGGCUACAGAGUUCAAUGGCUGUGAUGGGAGAGAGCUGAGGAUGGAUCAAUAACAUUGUAGUGACUCCACAAUAAUGACCUAAAUGACAGAGUGAAAAUAAGAACAAAAAUAUACAGAAUACAAAUAUUCCAAAACAUGCAUUUUGAAUGCAACAAGGCACUUAAAUAAUAUUGCAAAAAACAUGGCAAAGAAAUGCACCUUUUGGCCUAAAUGCAAAGCCCUAUGUUUGGGGCAAGUCCAACAACACAUCACUAAGUAACUGCCUCCUUAUUUUCAAGCAUGGUGGUGGCUGCAUCAUGGUAUGGGUAUGCUUGACAUCGGCAAAUACUGGGGAGUUUUUCAGGAUAAAAAGAAACAGGAUAGGGCUAAGCACAGGCAAAAUCCUAGAGCAAAACCUGCUUCAGUCUGCUUUACACCAGACACUGGGAGAGGAAUUCACCUUUCAGCAGGACAAUAAUCUACAACACAAGGCCAAAUCUACACUGGAGUUGCUUACCAAGAAGACAGUGAAUGUUUCUGAGUGGCCAAGUUACAGUUUUGACUUAACCCAAUGAGUCCCACCGUCGUGCCGGCAUGAUUUAGGACUUCUAACCCUUUUUAAACAUUGUGGUACCAACUAUUAGUCUGUGUGAUUAACGGGGGCUGAGCUAGAGCGGUGUUUGUGGGACCCCGAAGGGGCCCGGGGCUGGAUAUUUUUUUACAAAAACGUCUGUAGAGUCAAAAUGGUUUGAGCUACAAACGAUUUAAAAGCUACAGUUUCUAUGAAAAGCUGAGAUUCACGAGCACGCACGUGUACCACGCAUGUUUUGCUCAAUGACGCUCACAAGCUACAAAAGUCAUUAGAAGGUAAGGGGUUCUUCUACAUAGGAAAUCCCAGGACAUAGUGUCAAUAAUACUGUAAUAAGCUCACAUAAACUCAGCAAAAAAAGAAACGGCCCUUUUUCAAGACCCUGUCUUUCAAAGAUAAUUUGUAAAAAUCCAAAUAACUUCACAGAUCUUCAUUGUAAAGUGUUUAACCACUGUUUCCCAUGCUUGUUCAAUGAACCAUAAACAAUUAAUGAACAUGCACCUGUGGAACGGUCAUUAAGACACUAACAGCUAACAGACGGUAGGCAAUUAAGGUCACAGUUAUGAAAACUUAGGACACUAAAGAGGCCUUUCUACUGACUCUGAAAAACACCAAAAGAAAGAUGCCCAGGGUCCCUGCUCAUCUGCGUGAACGUGCCUUAGGCAUGCUGCAAGGAGGCAUGAGGACUGCAGGGCCAGGGCAAUAAAUUGCAAUGUCUGUACUGUGAGACGCCAAAGACAGCGCUACAGGGAGAUAGGACGGACAGCUGAUCGUCCUCGCAGUAGCAGACCACGUGUAACAACACCGGCAAAGGAUCGGUACAUCCGAACAUCACACCUGCGGGACAGGUACAGGAUGGCAACAACAACUGCCUGAGUUACACCAGGAACACACAAUCCCUCCAUCAGUGCUCAGACUGUCCGCAAUAGGCUGAGAGAGGCUGGAACUGAGGGCUUGUAGGCCUGUUGUAAGGCAGGUCCACACCAGACAUCACCGGCAACAAUGUCGCCUAUGGGCACAAACCCACCGUCGCUGGACCAGACAGGACUGGCAAAAAGUUAUCUUCACUGACGAGUCGUGGUUUUGUCUCACCAGGGGUGAUGGUCGGAUUCGCGUUUAUCGUUGAAGGAAUGAGCGUUACACCGAAGCCUGUACUCUGGGGCGGGAUCGAUUUGGAGGUGGAGGGUCCGUCAUGGUCUGGGGCGGUGUGUCACAGCAUCAUCGGACUGAGCUUGUUGUCAUUGCAGGCAAUCUCAAUGCUGUGCGUAACAGGGAAGACAUCCUCCUCCCUCAUGUGGUACCCUUCCUGCAGGCUCAUCCUGACAUGACCCUCCAGCAUGACAAUGCCACCAGCCAUAUUGCUCUUUCUGUGCGUGAUUUCCUGCAAGACAGUAAUGUCAGUGUUCUGCCAUGGCCAGCGAAGAGCCCGGAUCUCAAUCCCAAUGAGCACAUCUGGGACCUGUUGGAUCGGAGGGUGAGGGCUAGAGCCAUUCCCCCCAGAAAUGUCCGGGAACUUGUAGGUGCCUUGGUGGAAGAGUGGGGUAACAUCUCACAGCAAGAACUAGCUAAUCUGGUGCAGUCAAUGAGGAGGAGAUGCACUGCAGUACUUAAUGCAGCUGGUGGCCACACCAGAUACUGACUGUUACUUUUGAUUUUGACCCCCCCUUUGUUCAGGGACACAUUAUUCAAUUUCUAUUAGUCACAUGUCUGUGGAUCUUGUUCAGUUUAUGUCUCAGUUGUUGAAUCUUGUUAUGUUCAUACAAAUAUUUACACGUUAAGUUUGCUGAAAAUAAACGCAGUUGACAUUGAGAGGAUGUUUCUUUUUUUGCUGAGUUUAGUUGCUGUCACAAACUCCAUACAGUUGUCACUGACUAGUUGGAUAUUCAUUUCCCACUGAGCAAACAAUUUCUGUACUUACAACAUCCAUAUCAAUUCAUUUCUAUCCGAUUUUUGCUUUGGCAUAUUUCUUUAUUACGGUGAGGGAAAAAAGUAUUUGAUCCCCUGCUGAUUUUGUACGUUUGCCCACUUACAAAGACAUGAUCAGUCUAUCAUUUUAAUGGUAGGUUUAUUUGAACAGUGAGAGACAGAAUAACAACAAAAAAAUCCAGAAAAACGCAUGUUAUAAAUUGAUUUGCAUUUUAAUGAGGGAAAUAAGUAUUUGACCCCCUCUCAAUCAGAAAGAUUUCUGGCUCCCAGGUGUCUUUUAUACAGGUAAUGAGCUGAGAUUAGGAGCACACUCUUAAAGGGAAUGCUCCUAAUCUCAGUUUGUUACCUGUAUAAAAUACAUCUGUCCACAAAAGCAGUCAAUCAAUCAGAUUCCAAACUCUCCACCAUGGCCAAGACCAAAGAGCUCUCCAAGGAUGUCAGGGACAAGAUUGUAGACCUACACAAGGCUGGAAUGGGCUACAAGACCAUCGCCAAGCAGCUUGGUGAGAAGGUGACAACAGUUGGUGCGAUUAUUCGCAAAUGGAAGAAAGACAAAAUAACUGUCAAUCUCCCUCGGCCUGGGGCUCCAUGCAAGAUCUCACCUCGUGGAGUUGCAAUGAUCAUGAGAACGGUGAGGAAUCAGCCCAGAACUACACGGGAGGAUCUUGUCAAUGAUCUCAAGGCAGCUGGGACCAUAGUCACCAAGAAAACAAUUGGUAACACACUACGCCGUGAAGAACUGAAAUAUCCUGCAGCGCCCGCAAGGUCCCCCUGCUCAAGAAAGCACAUAUACAGGGCCAUCUGAAGUUUGCCAAUGAACAUCUGAAUGAUUCAGAGGAGAACUGGGUGAAAGUGUUGUGGUCAGAUGAGACCAAAAUCGAGCUCUUUGGCAUCAACUCAACUCGCCGUGUUUGGAGGAGGAGGAAUGCUGCCUAUGACCCUAAGAACACCAUCCCCACUGUCAAACAUGGAGGUGGAAAUAUUAUGCUUCUGCUAAGGGGACAGGACAACUUCACCGCAUCAAAGGGACGAUGGACCGUCAAAUCUUGGGUGAGAACCUCCUUCCCUCAGCCACGGCAUUGAAAAUGGGUCGUGGGUGGGUAUUCCAGCAUGACAAUGACCCAAAACACACGGCCAAGGCAACAAAGGAGUGGCUCAAGAAGAAGCACAUUAAGGUCCUGGAGUGGCCUAGCCAGUCUCCAGACCUUAAUCCCAUAGAAAAUCUGUGGAGGGAGCUGAAGGUUCGAGUUGCUAAACGUCAGCCUCGAAACCUUAAUGACUUGGAGAAGAUUUGCAAAGAGGAGUGGGACAGAAUCCCUCCUGAGAUGUGUGCAAACCUGGUGGCCAACUACAAGAAACGUCUGACCUCUGUGAUUGCCAACAAGGGUUUUGCCACCAAGUAGUAAAUCAUGUUUUGCAGAGGGGUCAAAUACCUAUUUCCCUCAUUAAAAUGCAAAUCAAUUUAUAACAUUUUUGACAUGCGUUUUUCUGGAUUUUUUUGUUGUUAUUCUGUCUCUCACUGUUCAAAUAAACCUACCAUUAAAAUUAUAGACUGAUCAUGUCUUUGUCAGUGGGCAAACGUACAAAAUCAGUAGGGGAUCAAAUACUUUUUUCCCUCACUGUAAUUGACAUUUGACAAUAAAAGUCAUGAAUGCAACGGUUUAUGUGAAAUUGUUUUGUGUUCUAUUUGUAGCCCUGGUUGUCCUGAAAAGAAAAUGGUAAACCACUUCAUUGUGAUGCUAAAUAUAAGGGCUACAUGCAGAUAAAAGUCAGAAAUAUGAAGAGCAGAUUUUUGCUGGGGUCUCGGGACUGAUGGGGUUAAAUCUGCUUGAAAUACUAUGGCAAUACAUAAAGAUUGCUGCCUAGCCAUGAUCCCCCAACAUCUUGACAGAGCUUGAAGAAUUUUGAAAACAUUCAUGUGCAAAUAUUGCACAAUCCAGGUAUGCAAAGCUCUUAGAGACUUACCCAAGAAGACUCACAGCUGUAAUUAUUGCCAACAUGUAUGAACUCAGGGAGCUGAAUACUUAUGCAAAGACUAUAUUUAUUUAUUUAUUUAUUUAUUUAUUUAUUUAUUACAUCUUUCUUUUUUUCUUCCACUUUGACAUUACAGAGUAUUUUAUGCAGAUUGUUGCCAAAAAAAUGACAAUUAAAUUCAUUUUAAUCCCACUUUGUAACAAAUAAAAUGCGAAGAAAUCCAAAGGGUCUGAAUUAUUUUGCAAGGCACCACCUUGUGUAUAUUUAACAAGUUAAGGUGGUUCUAAUGCGGAUGAAGAAGUUAUGUUUUUAUUACAAUGUAACAUUCAGUUACUAAUAGUUACGGAAUGUUACAUCAGUCCACAUACACCCCAAAUCUCAGCUGAUUUGGUUCUUAUUACUUUCAUCACAGAAAUAUCCUCCCAAAAAGGACCUUGUGAGAGCCAUCUCCCUCCUGACUGGCUACCUGGUGAAGGCCACAGGACCCAAUAGCUGCUCCUUUACCUACCUCUCACAGGCUGACCCCAAAGGUGAGACCCACCGUCCACUGACCACCUUCAGCUCCUAUGCUUCAGUUGUCUUUUCUUUGUUGAAAGAUAUUUGAUACAGGGUAUGUUACACUACAGGUACCAAGAGUUGCUGUGAAUAUUUAUUAUUUGGUUUAUUCUGUAUUUCAGGUUCUCUUCCAAAGUGGGUGGUGAACAAAGCAUCUGAGGUUCUGGCUCCCAGGGUAUGUAAAUAAAAUCAGACAACAUUGUUAUUCAUCUUCCUUCAGCUAAAUUCUUUAGCUUCUUUGUGUUUGACGACAGAGUUAUAACUGGUUUUUAAUUUGGUUCCAAAGCAACAAUCAGCCAAUACCUGUGUGUGUUUGUGCACGUUACGGUGGUAAUUCUUGGAACCAUGGUAACCAUAUAAACCCACUGGAAGGUUCUGUCCUGCUCAGUUUUUUGGGACAAUUCAGCCUCUUAGGCAGAGCAAAUGACUCUCAGCGGCCCUGUAGAACUUGUUCUUCUGGUUUCAUAGCAUGUGCAGCGUGAAACUAUUCCAGGCAAGGUGUGUCUUUGUGUGUGAAACCAAGACUGUGUGUGUAGCUCAUAGCUGUGAUUGAAUGGAAACCUGAUGAUUAAUGAUCAACAGCUAGCUUCUCAUCUUAAAUAGCACCCCACUUACACUCAUUGUAAUAUCAUUACAUUAUGUACAGUGCCUUCAGAAAGUAUUCACACCCCUUGGCUUUUUCCACAUUUUGAUGUGUUACAGCCUAAUUUGAAAAUUGAUUAAAUUGACAUUUUUUAAGAGUGGUACUCAGUUGAUGUGUUGUUGGAUUUGCCCCAAACAUAACACGUUGUAUUCAGGACAUAAAGUUCAUUUCUUUGCCACAUUUUUUUGCAGUUUUACUUUAGUGCCAUAUUGCAAACAGGAUGCAUGUUUUGGAAUAUUUGUAUUCUGUACAGGCUUCCUUCUUUUCACUCUGUCAAUUACGUUAGUAUUGUGGAGUAACUCCAAUGUUGUUGAUCCAUCCACAGUUUUCUCCUAUCACAGCCAUUAAACGCUGUAACUGUUUUAAAGUCACCAUUGGCCUCAUGGUGAAAUCCCUGAGCGGUUUCCUUCCUCUCGGGCAACUGAGUUAGGAGGGAUGCCUGUAUCUUUGUAGUGACUGGGUGUAUUGAUACACCAUCCAAAGUGUAAUUAAUAACUUCAACAUGCUCAAACGGAUAUUCAAUGUCUGCUUUUUUUUUUUUUUUUUACCAAUAAGUGCCCUUCUUUUUUUGUGAGGCUUUGGAAAACCUCCCUGGUCUUUGUGGUUGAAUCUUUGUUUGAAAUUCACUACUCGACUGAGGGACCUUACAGAUAAUUGCAUGUGUGGGGUAUAGAGAUGAGGUAGUCAUUCAAAAAUCCUGUUAAACACUAUUGCACACAGUGAGUUCAUGCAACUUAUUAUGUGACUUGUUAAGCACAUUUUUACUCCUGAACUUAUUUAGGCUUGCCAUAACAAAGGGGUUGAAUACUUAUUGACUCAAGACAUUUCAGCUUUUCACUUUGAAUCAAUUUGUAAACAUUUCUAAAAACAUAAUUCCACUUUGACAUUAUGGGGUAUUUUGUCUGUAGGCCAGUGACACAAAAUCACAAUUUAAUCCAUUUUAAAUUAAGGCUGUAACACAACGUGGAAAAAGUCAAGGGUUUGGGAGGUGUGAAUACUUUCUGAACGACUGUACAUGCAUAUGACUCAGGCCAGAACUGUAAAAAAAAUGAAGUGAAGGGGAAAAACUAGGCUUAGGCUCAGCUCUCGGUCUCUGACGCACUCCUCUCUCCCUGCAGGUGUUGAAGUGUGUGCACGAGGCAGGCCAGAGUUACCCCGAGUGGAAAGAGCAGAAUUCUCCGGAUCAGAAGCCCUGGUUGUACCCAGAGCAAAGCACCCUGCCCAUGAUGGACGCGGCCGAGCUGACCAUCCAGCGGGCGGACUCUCUGGAGAACGUAGACGAGACCUCCCAGCUGGACGUUCAGGAGAUUAACAAAGCAGAGCACAGCAGCUGA